CGUAAGAUCCGACUUCUUCAUUUUGUAUCCGCGAGGCAAAGCGAUCACACGAAUAAUUUUUUCGUCAUGACGCGUUAUAUCGGCGUAACGUUCGCGGCGAAGGUGAUCGGAGCAUAUACGAUGUCCAUUUCGAUUUUAUUAAUAAACGUGUUGGUAAGCAAGUUUUUUUCAAGAGAUAGCGAUGAUGAUUUUUUCGAAUUUGUCAAGACUUGGGCUAUACUAGGAUUAAAUUGGAUGCAAGCAAUGCAGAAGUACGUAGUGGGGAAGAAAAAAGCGGAAAGUGCCUUGAUAUGUUUUCUCAUAUAUGCCGUCUUGUUUCUGUCAGCGAGCAUAUUCCUCAUUAUAGGAUCGUUAUCGAAGAGACAUACAGCCGCCGUGCCUUGGAUGUAUUUACAAAUGGGUAGCGUAAUAGAUCAGACUGUGUCGCUAUGCAAUCAUAUAAUAUAUGAUCAACGAACUACCUUAUAUUUUUGGUAUACUACGAUAUGCAGUCUCUAUUUGAUGUUGAGCGUGUAUUUCUGGAUAAUCGUGGAAGCAGCCCGAAAUCAAUGGUACAACGAGCGAGGUAGAGAUGCAAAUUGUGAAUCGUUCAUGUUAAAUACUGUAUCAACGUCCACGAGUAGCAAUCCGAAGUCACCGUCCUUCCUCUCGCAAAAUUUUUCAAUGUUUGAACAAUCGCAUCCGUCGACGAUUCUGCCUAUUUAGCAGGAAGUCCAUGAAGAAGCAUGAACAAUCCCAAAACUAUCCUGAUAGCUAGACUUGCCACUUAAGGUAAACUUGCCAGAUCUUAUAGGAUUGAGGAUGAUAUUUACAGAACUGUAUGAGAAGAAGACUGAGAAGUUUCUUAUUACUUCAUUAUUAUUAUAACUUACAAAGCGGUAUC